AUGACCACUUUCCAAAUCCCAGGAUUGGAUUAUGGAAGUGAUGAGAGCUCCCCAGAAGCUGAUGAAGUUGUUCAGGAAAACCACAUGUGUAUCGACUGCUACAGUAUAAAUAUGAGGAUUGUUCAACUGCCACGUGGAGCUCCAUUGCCAGAAAAGUACUUGGUCGUCCAUGAACUAACAAAUGAAGAGGCGGCUACAUUUGGUAAUGCGCUGAAGGAGACCGAUAUUGAUCCCGACGGCGACGACUUUAUUCAUUGUGAUAAAUGUAACUGCUACUAUCGCGCUUCGUGUAAAGAACACCCGCUUUUUUGGGUCAAAGAUCGUGAACCAGCGAAGAGCUCAAAGCCAGAAGAUCGAGCUAGAAACACCGCCCCAGCCUUCAUAAGUAUAAAAACGUCUUCGAUUCCAAAUGCCGGAAUGGGUGCAUUUGCCGAAGCUUGCAUUCCGGUUGGAAUGGUUUUUGGACCCUAUCAAGGAAUCCUUAUUGAUGAUGCCUCUGAUGCCGAAAAAGAUGGAUAUUGCUGGGAGCUCAGAAGUCGCAGCGGUCAGCAUUUUAUUGAUGGAAGUAACACACAAUAUUCUAACUGGAUGAGAUAUAUCAACAGUUCUCGACAUGACAAGGAGCAAAACUUACUCGCGUUCCAGUACUGUGGUGGUGUCUACUAUCGGGUGAUUCGACCGAUCAAAAUAAAGGACGAACUUUUAGUGUGGUAUGGUAAGAAGUUCGGCAAAAGUCUCGGCGUGUUCACGACAUUGCGCUCGAUCAAGAAGCCUGCCACCGCUGCUAACAAGAACCCAUACAUACUCUAA